AACACUGUUUUAAAUGCUUAUUAGUUUUUCAAAAAAGAUACUUACUAUUAAUUCUAUUAUAUUAUAUUAAGUAUAAUCCUUCAGCUGAAAGAACAUUAUAGGUAAAAAUAUUGUUUGGAUUUUUAAAGUAAAACAACUGAUAACUAAAGACCUGAAAACUCAUUUGGGUCUUCCCAUGUCUUCUUAAAAAUAUUGCAAAUACCAUUAAUGAAAAUGAUUACAUCCAUAUUUGUAACAGCUGUCAUAGCGAAAGAAUAAUAUUUUCCAGUUCCUGUUUGAAAUUCUUUCUCUUUAAUACAUUAUAUAAAUAUUGGAAAAGAGAGAUAGGGUGCAUUUGCAGUGCCAAUUGCCAGAUCAUUAGAUACCUGCUUUACAAAGAAAGGGACACUGAACAACAGAAAGAAAAAGUAUAAAUUUACAAACUUUAAUGUUGUGAGGUAGGAAAUCUGAGGAAAUGUGUUGCAGAUAAUAGAAAAAUUAUUUCUCUAUUGUAAAGCAAAAGCAGUAUGGAAAAUCCCAUUUUUAAGAAGAAUGAAUUGUUGAGAUAUCUAGCCUUCUUGUGAACAAUGACACGCUGGCAGUUUCUCAUCUUGUUAACAGGUUCCUUAUGUCUUUUAAAUGAACUUUAAUGAAUGAAUAUUUUUAUUAUGAGAUUUGCAAACCAAAUAUUAAAAUAAAAGAUGAAAUGUUACAUUUUGUGGUGAGUUCCUCACUGGAUUGUCAAAGUCUGCCUCAUUUUACAGGCUGUAUAACAAAAUUUAGCUACGUUCAAAGAGACUAAAAAUUGGCUGGCAAGUGAGGACUUUCCCAUUGUUUUAGGACUAAAAGAAGCUUUUCCCAUAGUAGGAAAUGGUUGUCUAUUUUAUUUGUUUGUUUAAAACAUUUAUAUAUCCCCACCUUAAUUGGGCGUCAAGCCCUAAGGAUGCCUAUAUGUUGUGCAGGUAUUAGCAGUAUUAGCAUCAAGUGUCUAUUGAACAGUAGCACAAACCGAAGGAUGGUUGUCAUUGGAUUGGUGAGGAUCAUCCUGUUACAAUAACAGCUGAAGCUCAACCAAGAGACCCAUAAUGUGGCUGGUUUGGGUGGUGCUAUGCUUAAUCCAACAAGCAGUGACCUCAGAAAAAUCUAUAAAUGGAAGAUAUUUGAAUCCUGAACAUUUGAUGAACAUUAGUGAAAUCAUUCAAUAUUGGGGGUACCCUAGUGAAGAGUAUGAAAUCCUGACAAGUGAUGGCUAUUAUCUCAAAGCAAACAGAAUUCCUAAUGGAAUACACAGUCCUGAAAAGACAGGGCCUAAACCAGUUGUAUUACUUGUAUCUGGUAUUCUGACUGAAGGAAGAAGUUGGCUCCUCAAUCUUCCCAGCAAUAGCAUGGGAUUUGUUCUAGCAGAUGCUGGCUAUGAUGUUUGGAUAAUAAAUAACAGAGGGACUACCUGGUCUAGAAGACACCAGAACCUAACAAUUGACCAAGAAGAAUUUUGGAAUUUCAGUUUUCAUGAAAUGGCAAUUUAUGAUAUUCCUGCAGCUAUAAACUUUAUUCUACAUAAUACAAAGCAGGAUAGUUUAUAUUACAUUGGCCAUUCUCAAGGAGCUUCAAUGGGUCUUAUUACUUUUUCAGCCUUCCCACAGCUUGCUCAGAAAACAAAACUUUUAAUGUGCCUUGCACCUCCUAGCAUAUUGAAAGACCUUAAGGGAAUGGUAAAAUAUAUCUUAUUACUUCCCUACAAAGUUAAAAGGUAUUUAUGGGGAAGUAAAGACUUUAAUAUUCUAAGCAACAGAGCAAAAAAUAUCAAUGCCAAUCUAUGCAGCUACCCAGGAUUAAACAAGUUUUGCAUCCAAAUGAUUUUCUCUCUUGCGGGUUUUAAUAAAAACAAUAUAAAUGUGAGUCGAGCCGACCUUUUUUUGGGAACAUACCCUGAUGUUGCUUCUGUGAAAAAUGUAUUUCAUUGGAGCCAGAUUUUUGAAUCAAAUGAAUUUAAACAUUUCGACUAUGGAAACCAGAACAAAGCUAUAUACAACAUGACCAAGCCCCCAUUUUAUAAAUUCGAAAAUAUGACUGUGCCAACAGCUGUUUGGAAUGGUGGGAAUGACUUCAUUGUGAGUCCAGAGAGUAUCAAUCAUCUGCUCCCGCAACUUACUAACUUAGUUUUCCAUAAGUAUAUUCCUAGCUGGCACCAUGCUGAUUUUAUCUGGGGCCUUGAUGUCUCAAAAUACUUGUACGAGGAUAUUUUUCAUCUAAUGCAGAACUACAGAUAAAUAUAAAUGGAAGUUUUCUCUGGCAAUAGAGGAUAACAACAUUUCAAAUUUGAUGUAGAAAAUAAACAGUUUAUAUUUUCCACAUUAGUUUUGAAAUGUUGCUAUCCUCUUUUGUCAAAAAAUGUCUUCCUUUUGCUAAAAGUAAAAGAGGGGAAGUAAUAGAAAAACAGAGAAGAAAAAAGAUAGAAAGAAAUAGCUUCUCAUCUUCUUUACAGCAAUUAUAAAUAGGAUUAUAAAUUCGCCUCUUACUCAAAGGGCACAGCGGAACUCUCUUUUUUCUAUGAUCUAUCCUGCCUAAUUGUCAAAAUCAUAAAUUAUAAGUUCAUUUUUUCUGUUUCAAGUAGAAAGUGCAUAAGGGUUUCCACUCAGCAAUGAAUGCUAGAUAUUGUCUUUUGUCUGAUCAAAGUCAAUUUAGCUACCUCAGCAAAUUCCACCAACCCUUCCUCCAUUGUAUAGUGCCAAAUCUUUUCAUCUUUGUGCAAACAAUAAUUUUACUAAUUAAUUUCCGUCUUGCUGUUACAUCAGUCAGUCUUACGUGUUAACUUUCCAGGAAAAGCAAAGUUAAUCAAGCUUGUCUUCACUUACUUACAAUUCCUAUGUAGCUCACAGACAUCAAUCAGUUUGUAUGCAAGCGCUAACUCAGACACCAAACCUAGGUAAAUUAGGGCAGAAGUUAGUGUGGCUCAAGUCAAGGGUUCAAAAAGAAUUCCUACAGUAUGUGGGGUCCCUGGUCAUCACUGAACUUGGUUGUUUUCUGGCAGAUGUUUCAUUAACAAACUAAGUAAUAUCACUGAUGAAGUUAUGAAGCUUGAUAAUGAAACAUCUGCCAGAAAACAACCAAGUUCAGAGAGCAUCAAAGACCCCACAGUUCACCUCUGAGAUACAAAUAUUCUCUUCUAUUAGGAUUCUUACGAUAUAGUAUGGCAAAUAAUAAAGAUACAUUUCACAUGUACAUGUAGAUUUAACAGGCACUUACAAUAACUGCCUACCUGCUGUGAAACGAAACAUAACCUAGUCCUAGAGGCUUAUGGAAAGUGCCACCACUCUUGCCCCCCCUCCCCCAGCUGUGCUCUGAAUUGAUAACACUGUACAUCUAUUGGGAGGAAUUGGUUUGAAAGGGGAGACUUAAACUGUAUAAAUUGCUUGUUAUAUGAAACCUUUGUAAUUGCUAGACUGCACCAAAGGUGCUUUUCAAACGGCAACAGGGCUUUCUUUGAUGUUUCCUAGGCUUUGCUGGACUGUACAUUAUUUCCUUGCUUUACCUUCUUAUUAAACAAGAAGAAAAAAUA